UCCAUUGUCUCCGGCUGCCGGCCAAUCGCGAGCGGGCAGACGAUCCACGACUGCUUCGGGACUCAGUCAGCGGACACUGCUUCCAGGGAAUCUGAGACAGACAUCAUGCACCUCAAGAGUGUUCUCCUGAUGACGGCGGUCCUCCUGGUAGCCCUCCUCAUCUCGGCAUCCUUCGUAGACGCGGGAGAGGAGAAAAAAGAGGAGAAGGAAAAAGGUAAAAAAGAAGAGAAAGGAGAGAGCAAGGAAGAGGGUAGCGAGGAGAAAAAGGAGGAAGGAGGGGAGAAAGAUAAGGAGGCCAAAGGAGCAGCAACGUCGUUGUUCGUGAGCUCCAGUUACUCGACGCUGGUUUCCGUAGCCACCGCCUGCCUUGUCCUAUCCGUCCAUUGACCUCUAUGUGUGAUUCCAGAGAAGCCACCUAAAGAACUUACUGCUGUUUUCUACAGUCUGCAACCAUCGGAACGAAAAACUAAAAUUGCCUUGCUCCAAGACCAAAUUCGAACCUCUCAUUGGCCAACUGAUCCCUGCUUCACUUGGAAUCUCUCCCUUCAAUGCAACAGUUGCUUUCACAGACUGAUUUUUCUUUGCUGAAACCAAUAUUCCCUUGAUCUCCAUGAUCUCCACAGCAGUCAACAUGGGACUUUUCACUUUUUUUUCUAUUGUUCCUGUAUCACUAUAGCAAUGUAUUAGUUUAAUUAUUCAAAAAGUAUGGUUUUGUGACCAGAUAUAAUUGGGAGGACAUUCUCGAAUUAUUUAUUUAUUAUUUUUUUUUAAUUUCUAGGCAUAACAAAAUUUUAACAAAAGCUCCUCUGACAUUAAUAAAUAUAUAUAAUUUUCAGUAAAGAAAACAACUUGCUCAUUCAAACAACUUUUUUUUGCCUGAUUUGGCACAAGUUCGAAAGAAAAUUACGUACACUUGUAGAGUCAUUGUACAACAAUAAUUUUGAAACAUCAAAAAGGUGGUAGAUUAAAAAAGGCUGAGUAAUGCCAAAGUUCAGGGUUUGUAAAAUUCAGGAGUGAAAAAUUUUUUUUCUUUCACAUUUGCAUUUCUACAUAAUACAGGUGUGGUAGCAUGUUUAAAUUACAACUGGUUACAUACAAACCACAAGACAGAACUGAUUCUGAAAUAAUUCGCAAUGCAAAUUUGAAGCACUUAUUUCAAGUCAUUUUAGACAAUGUAUACUUGUUUGUGUUAUUUGUUCAAAUUUGUCUGCGUAGGUGAAUGCCAUUUUGUUAUAAAAAUAUUCAGAAAAGUCGAGUGCCUCUUUUACAUAUUUUAGGCAAUAAAACUAUAUAAAAAUAUUUAUAAAAUAAACUUAUGUAUCUAAGAUAAACCUAUCAUUUAAGGAUAAAUUAAGAAUUGUAUUCAAUUCUUAAAAUAAUUUAAAUUUCAGCAUAUUUUGUACUGAAACACCUGAAAUGAUGUUAAUAAUGUGGUUUUAGAACCUAAGAACCAAUAAGAAGAACGUUUUAAUAACUGAAUGGUUAGUUUUAAAAAAAUGUCUGUGUAUUAGCAAAAUAUAUAUGUUUACCACAAACGAUUAAACUUGCCUUUAAAGAUAAACUUAUUGUAUCUGUGUUUUGUAUGAAAACUGCAAUUGUUAUCGUGUAAAAUAUUCCCUCUUUCCCACCCUGCAUUUGUUUUCGUUUCAGCUUCUUGAGUGUUAGUAAUUAAUCAAAAGAAAUUGGGUAUUUUAGAGAAUGCUGUUUAAAAUAGAAAAAUCAAAAGUUCAGUCUGUGAUGUAACUGUUGAAAUGUGAAUGUGAUUUGAUAAUUAAAGUGCUAAUUGGUUCGUAA